AUGGAAGUUGAGGAAUAUGCAACCGUACUUUCACCAGUGCUAACAGAUGUCCAAAGACGAUUGUUAUUUCGUGUUUGCUUGGCUGCAGCCUUACUUUCACGUUUGGCGAUGCAGAAUUUGGUUCUGGUUCAACCGUAUCUCUUGAAGCGACUUAAGGAAUUGCGUCGACUUGCUUGUAAUGCUUUCAAAGAAGUUUUCUAUACAUGUCAAAAUCGCAUGCUUGAAGCUGAUGAGAUCAAUGCGUUUUUGGUGUAUAUUGUUGUUCCACAAUGCACGUAUCAUGAUGACAGUUCUCCGAAGGUUCCAUUUAAUCUUCUGCGACUAUUUCUUUCAUGGACCCUUAUCCCGAAAUUGUUCUAUCUUUUACGUCUCCAAGUCCCACCAGUCAGUGGUGCCGUGACACAUUCAGUGCUUUCAAUCUUGUGCAACAUGCUCAUAUCGAAAAGUGUUAGCAAGUUGGUGAAAGAGAAAAUCAUUGAUGGUUUACUCAGUUUGCUUACUUUGGCAGACGAGGUUAUGCCUGAUCCAGUGGCGGAUAUUAAUCUAAUUGAACUUCCGAAAAUUCCUGGUUUAAAUAGUGGAACUUCUAUGAUUCUUUCUGAAUUGCCGAAAGUUUUAGCAUUUAUUUUUGACUCCUUACCUCAGCAAGGUGAAAAUCGUAAGCUUAAUACGAAACAUUUGGAAAUCUUGAAUAGGAUAAGCGAAUUUAUCGAAGAUGAAGAAAUGAUUAGACGAUAUGUUUCAAUUUUGCUAACAUUUUUGGAAUCUGGAAUUGUUCGUUCCGAUGAUGCUGUUCAAUGUUCGCUUCAAACUGUCUUACGGAUGGUUACAGCAGCAACAGAUGUGACCCAGUUUUUGAACAAUCUGAUAAAUGUGCAAUCUUUACUAAAGGAGCGUUCGCAUCGUGAGAGCUUGCAAAAAAUUGAAGAAGCCAUAGCAAUGAAGCUGAGGGAAGACAAUAAAAGGAAAGCGGAAUUAAUAAGUUAUGUGGCAAGUCUAGAUGCAUGGGAUGGAAGAAGAAUUGAUGAGCCGGAUUAUGAUAAACGACACGACGCCUAUCAAAAUUUGCUCAAGGCUUUAACAACAGACGAAGUAAUUGAGCCAGUAUUACUUUAUUUACUACUGCAUAACGAUUAUUAUGUUAUUGUUCAGGUAAACGAUAUUUCAUUGCGUUCAGCGGCAACGAAAAAUUUUCACAGUAUUAUUGAAUACUUCGGAAGACGUAGUAUAAAUGAGCAUGGAAAACAGGAUGGAGUUGAUUCUCACAUGUUACCUCUUAUUUUGAAAGGCUUACAUGAUCCAAAAGAGAUAAUACGCCACGAUUUUGUGAAUCUUUUGGUUUCGAUGGUUACAUGUUUUCCGACACACAGGCAGCUUCGUUAUCUUGAAUCACUCAGGAAUACUGUAGAAGUUGAUUUGGACUUUUUCGAGAACGUUACUCAUAUGCAAAUUCACCGACGACAACGUGCAUUUUACAAACUUGCUCAAAGCCUGCAAUCAGAGGAAAUUCGCAUUCCGAAUGGAGUUUUGCUUCGUUUUAUGUUACCUCUUUUACAACCUUACGUGAUGCAUUUGUCCAGUAGUACGUCGGCGCUUAGUGACGCUGCACUGGCACUUUUUACACAAAUAAUGCGUGGUGCGCCGUGGAAAAAGUACUUUCCCAUGUUGGAUUUUUAUAUGAAGCGUUUGAGAAAAGAAAGUGUUAAUGUCAAUCACAAAGCAAUUAUAAGGAUUAUUUAUUUGUCAGGGUUAUUUAUUUGUCUCGGUCGAAGAGCUGCGGGAUUUCAGGCGGAGAAAACGAAUGAUGAGAUAGAAACUGAAGCAAGUGAUAAACCUGAAGAUUGGAUAGAAGCUCGGACUGAUGAGAUCACAGCCGAACUGGAUGCUAGUGGUACAUUAAAAGAGAACACUUCAACAAUACAUCAGAAAGUUGUCGGGUAUUUGAUACCACGACUGAAAGACUGUGCCACCGGCAAAGACUUAGUGUCUCAUCGAAAAGCCCAGUCUGGAAAAUAUUACAAAGAAGAUGACGACAUACAGAGGGCUCCUGUUGCGUUGGCUACCGUCAAAUUGCUUCAAAAAAUGCCGCAAAAAAUCAUGGACUGUAAUUUACCUGGUGUUGUAAUCAAAAUCUGCUCUUUGUUGAUGUCACGAUCAACUAAUGUACGGGAAGCAGCUGGUAAGACUGUUAUCGAAAUUGCUAAAAUUUUGGGUCCCAAAUAUGUUCGUUUCAUAAUACGAGAAAUGAAGCAAACUAUGAAAAAAGGAUAUCAGCUUCAUGUGAUGAUUUUCUAUGUGCAUAAGUUAUUGUCAGCAAUGGAAGAGCAACUUUGUGCUGGUGACCUAGACUCGUGUUUAAUGGAUAUCGUUGAUGUGUGUACAAUGGAUUUAUUUGGUAGUGUAGCUGAAGAAAAGACUGUAUCUGGCAUUACCAAAGAUGUACCGGAAGCGAAGAUACAACGAACAUAUGAGACGUACAGAUUACUUGGUCGAUAUAUAAGCUCUCAGUGUCUUGGCAGUGUUUUAGUAGUGUUGAAAAAGAUUGUAGAAUCUGCACCAGAUGCAAAAACAGUGCGAAAGGUAAGUCGUUUGUUGCGGCAGUAUUCACUUGGAAUAUCGACCAAUGAAGGAAUCGAGCCUGAAGUUGCGCUGAUAUUUGCAUAUCAACUUCUAAAUGAUCAAAUAAUAGAAGUUUUAAAAAAGACCGAAGACACUGUUCAACUAAAUGCGCAACAAACAAGUGAAGGAAAACGUCCAGAAAGUUGUUUGGUUUUAGAAAAAGAACCUAAUCGUGUGGGAAUGAUUGUUAAAGUGUCCAUGAAGAGUAGAAUGCACAUUUUUGUCGAAUUUGGCCUCUCGGAGCUACAUUUGGUGUUGAAAAAGAAGACUUUUAAUGUAGAAUCCACGGAAGAUGUUGCACGAUUGGAUCCAUUUGUUGAUAUUAUUUUACAGUGUCUAAAGCUGAAAUAUGAUAAGAUCCUUGUGAAUGCCCUGCGAUGCUUCCUAAUAUUACUCAGAUUCCCUCUUCCUUCACUGCGGUCGAAUAUGACCCAGUUUUUGAAUCGUUUGUUCAUUUUACUAGCUGAUUAUACGACUUCGGAUGCGAUUGGCAACACUCAAGAGUAUGUCCGAAAGUCUGUGGAAGUUUCUCAGCUGGUGUUCAAGGCUAUUACACAAAUAAUAAAAGAUGCUCCUUCUCUUGCGCUUGCAUCAAAACGUUUGCAAUUACUGCUGACAUAUGUUGAGACCGAUAUUGUUGAUAAUCAGAAGCAGGCAGUAGCAUUUCCACUUAUCAAAGCAAUCAUCAUCCGGAAACUUCAGGAUCCAAAGAUCAUCGAAAUUAUUCAAUGUCUCGCAGAAACUGCUGUUGUAUCAGAAAUUUCGCAUAUUCGAGAGCAGUGUAGGCAGGUGAUAGCCUUAUUUGUCAGUGGCCAUCCUCAGUGUAAAAAGCCAUCGAAAUAUGUUGAAUUCUUCUUGGAACAAAUUGAUUAUCAACAUGAAGACGGCAGAAGAUCCGCACUUGAAAUGCUGAACAUAUUUUUUGAGAAACUUACAAAGGAAAUUAAUGAUGAUUAUGCUUUAUUAGCGUUUGUAAAACUAGCAGCUCGACUAAUGAACGAUGAAAGUGCGGAAUGUCGUCAGAUGGUUGUUUUGGCCAUGCAGAAAUUAGUGGUAUCUGUAUCAGAAUCUAAGCGAAAUGAUCUCUAUUUGGCAACAAGAGAUUGGCUGAAAAGUAAAAAGGAAGCAUACAUUUGCAUUGCCAUACAAACACUAGUAAUAUUUAGCAAGCUAGGAGGUGAGAAAUUUGGAAAUACUCUCCGGGAGUUAUCAUCUACAUUAUCGAAAAUUGUUCAUACUGAUAUUCUAUAUUCAUAUGCUGAAGAAAGUAUUGGUAUCAUCAUUGAUAGUCUUAAUUUGUUGAUGAGCGAACAUAAAAACCAAACGACGCAAUUUGCUGAAGAAGGAUUACUGGAUACUAUUUUAAGAGAGAUGGGUCCUUUAGCACGAUGUAGCAAAUCGCCCACUGUUCAGUUAUCUGCAGCUCGAUUUCUUGGCUCAUUAUUUUCCAUUCUUAAUAAAGAAUAUAUGUUAUCACGAAGCGAUCCAUCUGCUCGGGAGUUCAUGCAGUGGACAUUAGCACAAAUGAAGACUUACAAACUGACCAGCGAAUUAGCUGAACAGGCAGCAAAGAACUUGGUGUACCUUUUCGAUGUAGUUACGCAGUCAGAUGAUGAUCUUCGAUGGUUUUGUCACAGACUAACUGUGUUGUGUAAUUUUGAGUUGGUCAAACUGCCAGCUGAAACUAUUCGAAGGAUCAAUAUUUUCAAAGUGACAGCAGUUAUUGUUUUGAAAAUUGAUCCUAACCGAAGUGAUAUUGUGGUGCAAUCAUUACUGCCUCCUCUCUAUCGUGAAAUGCAAGGCAAAUCAACACAAAGCACUGAAGUGUUGCAAAAGAUUGCAAUAGAAGUGGCGGAAACAAUAAAAGGAAGGAUUGGUGAUGAAAAAUUUACAAAACUGGUUGCUGAGUGCAAUAAAUUGUUCGCCGCCAAACUUGAAGGAAGGAAACGAAAACAAAAGGAGGAAGCUGUUUUGGAUCCGACUAACGCGGCACGGAAAAAAAUUCGAAAAAAUAAAUUGAAACGAAAGGUCAAAAAAAGACGAACGGCUAGGUGAAUAGAAUUUGAUGGUUUAUUCCGCUAUCGAUUAUCGAUCAAGAAAGGUGCUGUAUUUUGUUACUGUAUUUUCCACUGCAGAACUUCCUUCUCUCUGGGUGGGAUCACAGGAAUUAUGCAUUUGUGGUUGGAUGGAUUUGCGACAGUGUGAUAUGUUCAAGAAAUCAACCAGUACUUUCUCUGCUUUAAUUUACCAUCUUUGUUGAUUCUAUUGUUUGUUGUUUCUAUUACGAAAAUUUUGUAUUAACAUUCGUUGUUGUGUAAUUUAAUAAAACUAAACUCACCA